CUCUCUCUCUCUCUCUCUCCUCUCUCACUCCACUUUCUCUCUCCUCCAUUGCUCUCUCUCUCUUUCUCUCUCCUCCUCUUCUCUCUUCCCGAAGUGGACAGCGCAGGGUACAACCGAGGCAGUAAUAGGAAGAGAGAAGUAGGCCGUAGCUUGCGCAGAGGAGAGCAAUAACUACCCCUCCCACCCCUCCUCUCUCUCUUUCUCUCUCUCUCUCUCUCUCUCUCUCUCUCUACAGUGGUGUGUUCGAACUAAGUAGUGGAAUAAGAGGAUCCACUCUCGUGGGUGAAAUCCACAAACCCCAGCAGCGAGAUCCGCCGCUCAAAUCCCCGGUUUUGAUUCCGCAUUUGAUAUACUCAUUUCGUGAGAGAUAUAAGUUUAAAAUGGAUCGCCGCUGGCCAUGGAAGAAGAAAUCUUCUGAGAAAGCAUCUACAGCAGAUUCAUUGAAUGCAACUUUACCUAGUUUGGAUGGCAACCAAGCAGAUCAGGAAAAUUCUAAAACUGUUAGUCACGUGCAGAUUUCCCCAGAAACAUAUGCUUAUUUCACUGAUUUGGAAGAACAGGUGAAGAUCUUAAAUGAAAAGGUCGGCGUCUUAAAUGAGAAACUCUCUGCCGCAGAAUCUGAGAUGACUACCAAAGAAACUCAUGUAAAGCAGCAUGCUAAAGUUGCUGAAGAAGCAGUCUCAGGUUGGGAGAAAGCAGAAGCAGAAGCCACUGUGCUAAAGCAUCAACUCGAAACUGUUACACUAUCAAAGCUAGCGGCUGAAGAACGAUCAGCUCAUCUUGAUGGCGCUUUAAAGGAGUGCAUGAAACAGAUAAGGAACGUAAAAGAAGAGAGUGAGCAAAAGCUGCACGAUGUAGUAUUUGCUAAAACCAAACAGUGGGAAAAAGUUAAGGCUGAGUUUGAAGCCAAAAUAGUUGAUUUCGAGCAGGAGCUUCUCAGGGCUUCCGCUGAAAAUGCCGCACUAUCGAGAAGUCUUCACGAACGCUCAAACUUGCUGAUGAAAAUCAGUGAAGAGAAAUCGCAAGCAGAAGCCGAGAUCGAAUUGUUGAAGAGCUCUAUUCAAUCGAGCGAACGGGAAAUAAACUCAUUUAAGUACGAGCUUCAUGUUAUCUCGAAGGAGCUGGAGAUCCGCAACGAGGAGAAGAACAUGAGUAUGAGAUCUGCUGACGUGGCAAACAAGCAGCACUUAGAGGAUGUUAAGAAGAUUUCAAAAUUGGAAGCGGAGUGUCAAAGGUUACGUGGCUUAGUACGCAAGAAGUUGCCUGGGCCUGCUGCAAUAGCACAGAUGAAGCUUGAAGUUGAGAAUCUGGGUCGAGAUUUUGGUGAAAAUAAUAGAUUGCGUCGAUCUCCUGCCAAGAGUUCGAGCCCUCAUCCUACUUCACCUCCACCUCCUGACUUUUCUUUGGAGAAUUUAAAUCAUUUCCAAAAGGAGAAUGAAUUUCUAACUGCUCGUUUACUAACAAUGGAGGAGGAAACUAAGUUACUGAAAGAGGCAUUAUCCAAACGUAAUAGCGAGUUACAGGCGUCAAGAAACAUGUGCGCUAAGACGACAAGCAAGCUCCGGAGCUUGGAAAUGCAGUUAGUGGGCCUGAACCAGCAGAAAUGCCCAUCAGGUACAAAUAUGGAUAUCCAAUUUGAUGGCCCAUUAAGCCAGAACGGGAGCAACCCGCCGAGUUUGACCUCUAUGUCUGAGGAUGGUGUGGAUGAUGAAGGAAGUUGCUCAGAAUCUUGGGCCACUGCUUUAAUAUCCGAGCUUUCACAGUUCAAGAAGGAAAAAUAUGGUGGAAAGGGCAAUAAAACUGAAAAUUCAAACCAUUUGGAACUUAUGGAUGACUUUUUAGAGAUGGAGAGACUAGCUUGUCUAUCAGCUGAUUCCAAUGACAAGAUGAAAACCGAGAAUGCUUCUACUGCUUUAAUGGUUGCCAUGAAAAGUGACGAGAAUGGUAAAGAAUCAAUUCCUCCUCUUCCUUUCGAAAGUCCAUCUUCUUCUACCAAUCCAAAACAAAUUGGUUCUCCACUUUUGAAGCUUCAAUCGAGAAUAGCUUCUACAUUUGACUCGCAAGACCUGAAGAAUGAUGUUGGCAAAGUAUUAGAGAACAUCAGAUCUAUUCUAAAGGAUAUUCAAGAUGAGCUACCCCAGAAUUCUGAAUCUUGCAUCAGCUAUGAACCUUCAAAAUGUCAUGAAGAGAUGGAAGAAGUUACAGAAAGAGAAACUCCAUCGAAAGAAGGUGGUAAUUUAGAGAAUGGCACUAAGGAUGGGAUAGAUCAAGAAUUAAGAAAUGCUAUUUCCCAAAUUCAUGAAUUUGUUACACUACUUGGUAAAGAAGCCAUGGAAAUUCAAGGUAGGCCUUCGGACUAUAAUGGACUUUGCAAAAAAAUAGAACAGUUUUCUACAUCAGUUGAGAAAGUGCUCUCUAACGAGAAAAGUUUAUAUGACAUUAUAAUUGCCCUAUCCCAAGUCUUAUCUGAGACCAGUGAGCUGAAUUUUAUCAUGUCGAGUGAUAAAGCCAAUGAAGGUGAAAACAAUAAUUUGGAUUGCGUGGACAAGGUAACAUUACUGGAAAAUAAAGUGGCUGUGCAUGAAAAACCAAUGAAAGAGAAUUAUUCGGAACUUUGUUCACUUAUGCCCCAUUCGUCUUCUGAUCCCGAAUUUGAAGGGCCCAGUGGUUCUGGCUUCGAAUUAAAGAGUACUGUACCGAAUUGUCCACCUGACGAUUAUGAGCAAUUGAAAAAUGAAAAGAAAAAUAUGGAGGUAGAAUUAGCAAAAUGUAAUGAAAUGUUGGAACAUACAAAGCUUCAGUUGGGUGAAAUGGAGCAAAAUUUGGCAGAGGUUAAUUCUCAAUUAGCUGCCAGCGAGAAAUCAAACAGCUUAGCUGACACACAACUGAAGUGCAUGGCCGAGUCGUAUAAAUCGCUUGAAUCACGAACAUCAGAAUUAGAAGCUGAACUGAACUCGUUGCUGACUAAAAUGGAAUCUCUGACCAGCGAACUUCUUGAAGAAAGGCAAAGCCAUCAGGAAGAUUUGGCCAAAUACAAAGAUCUUCAGGAGCAGAUGGAAAGGAUCGAGAAGAAUUCGAUGUCUGUGGAUGGUGAUAUUGAUAUCAAGUCGAAACAGGAGACAGAGAUAGCAGCUGCAGCUGAGAAGCUCGCGGAGUGCCAGGAGACCAUCCUCCUCCUUGGCAGGCAGUUGCAAGCCUUGCGCCCCCCUGCAGAGCCUACGAGUUCCUCCCCAAACAACAAUAAUCGGUACCAAAUGGACGAUGAUAAUUUCGAAGAUGAACCAGGCCCCAGCAGCAUUUUCCGUCUAGCCACUCACUCCCAACAGCCGUCGGACCAAUAUGAAUUUGAAAAUGCUGCAUCUCCCAAUAUUACUCAGAGAGGAGCUGAAUCUCCCAGGAAUGGCUGCAGUGUACAAAAAAGCCCUUCUGAUACCGAAUCAAGCCCCUUCUCGAACUCGCCCAUCAGCUCGAAGCGCCAAAAGCACAGGUCAUCACGAAGCCCAUCCGCCGCUGCCGUGUCAAAUCCUCUGCCAGAGAAACAUGGGCGGGGUUUCAGCAGAUUCUUCUCAAAGGGAAAGAGCGAACAUUAGAGCAUUCUAUUUCCUUUUUUGCCCCCCACCGCAGAAAUAUCAAUGGUGGAGUAAUGGUUUCGUUGUGGUUGAUCGAAAGGGCGAUUAUUUGUUUAAACUCUCUCUUGAAAGCCUCUAGUAUGUGGUUUUCUAAGUAACCUGCUUGAGUUCCUGCAAUUACUGGUAAUAAGAACUUGCUCGUAAAAUCACUUGUAAUCAUCAAUUUGUUUUUUCCUUUUCUUUUUUGGGGUUGUGGAUUGGCUUGAGAUCUCGCGUGCUGCGCUAAACCUCACUGUAUAUGGGGAUAAAGAAGGACAUGAUUGUUUUCUCCCUCUCUUUGUUCGAUUGUUCGAAAGGAUGGAGUACUUGUAUUUUAUUCUUUUCAGCUGUUUGUUGUAGAUGCAUAAUUAAUCUGCAUCUAAAAAACUGUUCCAUUUGCUGUUCAGGGUGGGUUUCCUUCGUAUGGAAAUUCCAUCGUUUUGUGUAAAAAGAUCAUGUUCUGGCAUGGCAUAGAAGUUCUACUGAA